GUGAUAGUGUGGAGGUAGAGAGUAGCACUGCAGCAUGAUGACGGCGCUCACUGGAAGAGAGUUGAGGUUGGCCAUGCUUAUUUUGGUCUUUGCCUGCCAGGACAUCAUGCUUGUAAAUGGCUUUCCUGGCAUCAAACAAGGACUGCAGAAGCCGAGCAGCUGGUAUCAUCAUGCUGGUUUUGGUGAAGAUGCGUCGAAAAAAGCUGCUAAUACUCGCCCUGUUUUUGGCUCCCUGGAUAACCAUGGGCCUGCCACACAGCCAACCUCUGCUCUCUGGAAGCCACAGUCCUCUGGAUCUCAACCAGCUCCGUACAUCCCUGUAAAGCAGAACCGACAGCAGUCCCAGGGCACCUGGAACACUCAGACAUCUGGAUCCGGUCAGGUGACGACGUACAACCCCAACCAGCAGUCAUCCUCUGGAAACUGGCCGUCCCAGACCUCUGGAUCCGCACAGUCUGGGCAGCCAUCCUCCGGUAUCUGGAAACCCCAGCCGUCUGGCUCACAACAGAGCCAGCAACCAUCCACUGGUAUGUGGAACCCACAGAGCUCUGGAUCUGGACAGUCUGGCCAGAAAUCAUCCGAUAUCUGGAAACCCCAGCCGUCUGACUCACAACAGGCGACCUACAACCCUGUGCAACAAAACCAGCAACCAUCCACUGGUAUCCGGAACCCACAAACCUCUGGAUCUGGACAGGCUAUGUACAACCCGACCCAGUCACCAUCCUUUGGUGGUAGGUGGCGGUCACAGACCUCUGGGUCACAACAGGGUACAUAUAAAUCUCCAAAACAAAGCCAAAAUAUCGCCAGAUAUUCGGGUUUCAGUUCUCAAGGUUUCCUGGGCCCCAGGGCUUCCCACCCAUACAAGCCCGAACGGACCAUCAGGCCAUUCCAGAGGGAUAACGACUCCAACCAGCCUUGGAGAUCCUCAGCAUCAAGUGGCCAGCUACCUGCUCGAAACCAGCAGACCUCCGAAUCAGACAGAGAUGACUACCCAUCCUCAUCACGCUAUCCCUAUGGCAGUGGUGGCUCCAGGCCUUCCACCAGCUCAAGCGGCAGCACUGGCUACAAGCCUCCAUACUCAGGAAGCAGCAGUGAUGGUGGCUACAAACCUUCCUCCUCUGGUAACUAUGGCCCUUCAUCCUCCGGUAGUCACGGUCCUUCCUCCUCUGGUAACUAUGGCCCUUCCUCCUCUGGCAGUAGCAACAGUGAUGGCUACAAGCCCUCAUCCUCUGGUAACUAUGGCCCUUCCUCCUCUGGUAACUAUGGCCCUUCCUCCUCUGGUAACUAUGGCCCUUCCUCUGAUAACUAUGGCCCUUCCUCCUCUGGUAACUAUGGCCCCUCCUCCUCUGGUGGCAGCAGCAGCGGCUACAAGCCUUCCUCCACUUCCAGCAGUAGCAGAUUUGGCAACGGGAAGAAGCCUUGCUCCGUCUGUGGCACCAAAGGUGGCGGCUACGAGCCUUCAUCGUCUGGCAGUGGUGGUUAUAGGCCGACGGCCAGCAGCAGCUACCGACCAUCCAGUGGACUCGGCAGCACUGACUACAAGCCAGCCAGGCGCACCGGCGUUAUUGGCUACAAGGCGACCAACUCCCAACCCAUGCCGCCGUCCUGGAAGCCACAACAGGGGCCUUCCGAACCGAGACAGCAGAGCAAGGGGGGUUCAGAUUGGGAACAACCUGCCUGGCGUGAAGAUGGUUUUACUCAAAGCAGUUCCCAGUCUGCGCAGAGCGGGUCGAGGUCAUCCCUUUCCUCCGUCACGGAUGGAUCCACAUGUACGACCUGCCGCCGGCGUAAGCCAGAUCAGACUGGUCAAGAUGAGCCUUCUGAUCGGUCUUCAAACAUUUUCCUAAACCUGGACUCUGACGAUUCAACCUACUUGGCUCAUCUUGGGGAGACUAUGGGCUGACUGGUGUGUUUUGGAUUUUUUUUCU